UCCUCGAGAGCAGCCACCGACCGUGCUGCGUGCGGGCUGCUCCUGCCGCCGCCUCUGCCAGACCGCGGCCAUGUAGUAAGGCAGUCCAGUUCUCUGCUGACCAGAAGAAUCCCUAGCAGUUUCAUCUGCCCCGCCUUCGCUCCUCAACGCCUGGCACCUUGUACUAACUCCUAGGACGUGCAUCUUUCUUCACCGACGACGUGUGACGGCUUCGAUACCACCUGCCCGAGGGCAACCAACUCGCCCUUCGAGACGCUGCCGCCUCCGGGUUCGACCGUUGACGAGCGCCGUCGACGAAGAAGCGUCGUUUGCCGAACGGGUCGGGUCGGUGCGUGCUUGCUCGUGGACGACGACGACCAAGUCUUCGCGAGCGCUCGUUCUGUGCCUGUCUAGGAAGUCAGCGGUGCGAUUGCCCUGAAUCGUCGGUCUCCGUUGUUGUGACAUCGUGUGUCGUCGGAGGGACCCGCAUAGCGUUUUCAACGAUCUGUGACUGGAUAGUUCUGUGCGCAACAGGUUUCGUCCUAAGUGCACCCGUCGUUGUGGCCGCAGCCGUAGAUUGGCUUCCCUCUUGCUUGCUUCGACCUCCGGCCCCGUCGUUCCUGCGCUGUGUUUCUGUGUGCGUUCCCCCGUGUCGAACCCCGGAAUACGUGCCGCGCUCACCGUUUCGAGCGUGCCGCGACGAGGCCCUCACUUUUUUGCUUUAUUCAUUUCACAUUCCUCGCGCAGGAAGCGAGCAACAGGUGUGCAUUCGGCUGUGGCUUUCGGCGUGCCUCGAUUCGUCCACUGCCUCAGGCGACGUGUUUCUUCUCUUUCUUGGAUGCGCGGCCUGGUCCUCUCGAGUCCCUGAUGAGGGAGCCUGCGAGUGGGCUGGUCGUCUGCGCGAUUUACGUUAGUUUCCACGAGAAGGAGGAAGAAGUGUGAUACACACAAUUGACUGAAGGCUAAAACUUCUGCUGCUGCUGCUGCAUCGUUGUCGUCUUCAACUCGGAUUUCCGCACAAAAAGCCCGGCCCCUAGCAGUGCCGGGGGCCUCCAUGUCCCAGCCAUGAAUGUCCUCAACAGGCUUCUCGGAGCGGCCGCUGGGAAGCAAAAGAACGGCGAUUCACCACCGUCGUCGGGAGGCGUCUCGACCCGGGAGAGCCUGUGGCAGAAGGCCUCCUCGCUGCGCCAGUCGCUGCGGGGCCGCAGCAGCCGCCACGAUGGGACUCCCGGCACCAGCGGCUCCUCGAACCGGCGGCCGGCCUCGCUCUACCUGGCCGACUCGUCGUCCCGCUGCUCCAAGUCGCGCCAGUCGCUGCGCCGCGAGUGGGGCUCGCAGCGGGACCUGUCGCGCGAGAAACGCCACGCCGCCGCCGCCUCGCUGCCCCAACAGCAGCAGCAGCAGUCACAACAUCAUCAGCAGCAACAGUCGUGCGACGCCGGCUCGGACCAGGAGCCGGACACCGCGUGGUCCUCGACGUGGACGUUGCCGGACAGCGGCAGCGUGCCGCUACCGCCCAAGCAGCGCUCGCCGCGCAAGUUGACCAAGGACUCGGGCUACGAGACGAGCGGCGGCGGCGGCGGCGGCGGCGGAGCUCACGGGGAACCCGACUACGUCAACAGGGAGUGGGUGUCCCGCGCCCCCAGUCCGCCACCGUCGGGGUCCGGCCAGACGUCGUGCUCCUCGUCCGGCACCCCGUCGGGUCCGGCCAUUAUCGGAACAACUAGUCCCGUCGGCGCUGGUGGCGCGACGCCCUGGACAUCGGGCCCAGGCAAUCCCGGCGCUGGCGCCCGGGACACUUGCCGGGAGACUGGCGAUGAGGGAAGAGGUUCAAGGGGCUGUUUCGCCUCUGGAGAGUCGCUAAGAUCACCAGGAGGAGUCUCACUACCUGCGCCUGGUAGCGGCGAAGAUGACGACAUGGUGACGAGACGCUUCAAGAAGGGCACCGUGUACAGCGCUCUGGCCAGCCAGAGUGGCCUGGACUUUUCUCCGGUCGUGCUUCCGGCAACGAGGCCCAACUGGGGCGAUCGCUCUCAGAUCGGCUGCGCCGAAGACGACGACAGGGUCCCACCGCCACCACCGCCGCCGCUCAAGGAGAGGAAGCCCGCGCCGGCGCCCUCGCACGAGAAGUACCCGUCGUGGCCCGUCACUCUAGCAGCGCCGGCGACGUCGACGGCUUGCCGGUCCAAGUCGUGGACGCAAGAAACAGAUUACCCGAAGGAGAAAAAUCACGGGUACGCCAGGCCCAAGAAGAGCUUCAAGAUCUCCACGCAGCAGCUUCAGCCGGUGCUGGAGCGCGCCUGCGAGCCCGGAGCCAAGAAGGCACCGAUGGCACCGACGUCGUCUUCCGUUUCAGACGACGGCGGCGCUAGCAUAUCGAGUACCAACGACGUAUGCCUCUCGGCCGAACAUGCCAAGUCGAGCGAGUGCAGCGCGGACGCCUACCUGAGCAGGUACGACGAGUUCCUGAGGCAGUACCAGCGCUGGAGCGAGGCGCCGUUCCUCCAGCGGCUGUACCAGGAAGGCGAGCGGGACGGCUGGCCGCGAGCCACCGAGCCGCCGCCGCCGGGCAGCGAGUCAGCGUGCGACUCGCUUGGCUCCAGCGGCGGCUCCAGCCAGGACACGCUCAAGUGGCACGGCUCCUACAGUGACCUGAGCGCCUUCUCGGCGUCCAACGGCUCCUCGCUCUUUGACAGCGGCCACUCGACUUUACCGGACAGUGGUCGCCUAUCGCCGCAGUCCUCCUGUGACGGUAGCCUCGCCGAUGGCAGCCAGAGGCUCGUCUCGCCCAGCCAAGCGGCAGUGGCGCGCAGCGCACGCGUACUGCAGCCCAAAAGGCACGAGUCCGAAAGCGUGCUGUACUACGCGCCCUGCGAGCGCAGCAAAACGCAGCAGUCGUCCCGACCCAAUGAAUGUUCGCGCGUGGCGCAGCUGAAGGCGGCCUUCGACCCAGCUUGCUCAAUGACUGCUCAUUCGUCGUCCAGCCGCAAGGAACCGACUAAAAUGCUGUUCUUGGACCCGGAAAAGAAGCAUCGGGUUUCCGAUCCAGAGCUGAAGGCUAUACAAAAGCAGGCCGUGUUAUCAUUCUACAAACGCCAGACGUCGCAAGAUUCCAAGAACUGCGGAAACAGCAGCGGCAACAGGAACAGGACACUGCCGCGGAUUCCUUCGUCGGCGAAGUGGUCGGUAGCUGUGUCUGAGCCUUCGUCAAGUCAGCCGCCAUCGCUGACGACGACGGUGAAUUCGGUGACAUCUCCCAAGUCUCACGAUGCGAAAGAGAAACCUGAUGCGCCCUGGAGAGGGCCUCGAAGCUGGUCGGUGCCGGACAUCACGCAGCAACUCAGCGUGGCUCCGAAGGCGCCUUGGGGUCCCGUCGUCACGGCGACGUGCAAGUCGCUCGCGGAAGCAUCUAGCAGGCGUUCUUGCGACGGCGCGUCGCUCAGCCGGACUCCGUCAGUGAAUUGCAGGUCAUCCGCCGAUGUGCCGCCUCUCAAAAGGCAACUAUCUGUGGCUGUGCCCAAGGACUCGCACCAGGGACCUACUAGUAGUGAACUUUCUUUUACUGCAAGCAAAGCGCCAAAGUUCGCGUCUUCUUCUCAGCCAAUAGUCAGCGGAUCGGAUCAACAGGUUGUUCAGGAGGAGCACGCCCAAAUCGAAGCCGAAGUCAAGGACGAUGUCAGUGCGGAGAGCCGGCGAGAAUCACAUUCCCUGAGGUCCUCUGUGAGCGGCGGACGCAAAGCCCAGCUGCGGGAAGUGCGGCUUCCGGACCGGGGCACACCCGCCCUGCAGCUACUCACUUCCGAGGGCGUAACACUCGCCGUUGCUCCUCCGGCGAGCACCAAGUCUCCCACUGAUACCAGGGGAGGUGCGUCUGCGUCAGACCGCGACAGCGUGGUCGACAUGGUACCUCAGCUGAGCAAGCCCUUCGACCGGAGGGCACAGCAACAGCAGGAAAAACUGCUCGACAGGGUGCCCGAGAAGCUGCUCGAGUCCAGAGUGGCUAAUAACAAUAACAGCAUCGUUAACAAUAACAACAACAAUAACAACAUUGCCAGCAAUGGUGGUAGUCCCGCCGCCGCUGUGGUGACGCAGCAUGGCCGGAGAACCGAUGCCAUCACCGCGCUUUCCGGCCACAAAGAAGUGACUCCGGUGCAUCUGGCGCUGCAGGCUAGGGGAAGACAUCACGAAAGUAGUCGCGACAUGGACAACAGCCCGCAAGACAAGGUUCACGCUUCGCGGUCCAGCGACAGCCCGAGGUCACGGGAGAAGAUGAUAAUACCAGAUGAGAGGUUUCCGAGCUUAGAGGAAGGUAGCAGGCCGUCACAGCCUAACAGAAGAAGCCACGACAACCUCUUCGACAGAGUCCACGAGAAGUGUCUUGACGUGCGGAUCCAGGGGCCCCUUCGAGGCGGAGAUUCGUCGGAGGGAACGAUCGCGAGCGGCUCUCCGUUCGCGGCGCCACCUCCGGCCGUGCCACCCCGAAGGAGCCCUUCGUCCGAUCCGAAGCCACCGCCUCGUCCGCCGCCCAAGAGGAGCGCAGGGACGGCGGCCGCGCCGGCAGCCUCGGACGAGAACGGCGUCGACGACGAAGCCGAGCUGCAGAGCAUCACGGAGCGCAUCGCCGGUCAAGUCAACCUGGCGCGGGCGGACGCACCAUGCCCGGAGUCCCUGCAGCCGCCCGCGCCCGUUCUCGCGAGGGUCGCAGCGGGCUCCGCCGACGGCAGCGCGGGCGCCAGCGCGUCGGCGGCUGGCCGGCCGGUGUCGUGGACGAGCCUGUGCUCGAGCCCCGAGCUGCCGCUGCCGUCGCCUCCCCCUCUGCCUCCGACGGCGCGAGACCUGUGCUCGCCACCCGUGGUGGACGACGACGAGCCCCUGCCGCCGCCGCCGGACGACCUCGAGCACGUGGCGCAGCAGCAGCAGCCGGGCUCUGUCGCCGUUCAGGAGUGCGACCCCGCGGAUCCCAGGGUGUACCCCAAAGACUCGUACAUGUGGUAUCGGACCGAGCGGAAGCCGGGUCGCCAGGGCUUCCAAGGGAAUUACCGGCGCAGUUACCACGGAAGCGGAGGCGGCGGCGAAGCUGCUGACUCGGGUCCCGAAUCGUGUCCGGGCUCGGACCAGGGCUCUGAGUUCACCUCGGAGGAGGCGAGCUCCGAGUCGUCCUCAUCGUCUUGUCCUUCGUCGCCGCUUAGCUUCCCGCCGCACUCGUGGCCCUCUCCGGGCGCCGCAGCUCCUCAGUCCGUGACGACUGCGGCCUCUAGUCAGGACUCCUCGUCGGCGAAGGUCGCGCCCCCGCAGUGCGAGCCCGCGGACUCUUUGAACAACAACAGCUCGGCAAGCACCACUGCCACCACCAGUACCGCCACUGUUGGCGGCAACAUCAGCAGCGGCAACAACGUCAACAACAACGCGCCGCUUCCGACGGCGGGUGGCGAGCAGGUGGCGUGCAACGGUUGCCACGAACACUGGACGACUACGUGCUCGUCGUCGACCACGACGAGUGCGAGUACGACGAGCGCCGGUUCAGCCGCGUGCCGCCGCACCAACUCGGCGACGCAGACGGGACCCGACGACGAGUGGCGCUCGGCGGUACAACUUCGGCGGCCCUCACCCAAGAGCCAGGAAGAGCUGGAGUGCGAGCGCCUGUCGCAGGACUUCGCCUCCCGAUAUGGGGACGCCGCGCUGCGCUCCCUGCUCGUGCCCAGUCCGAACCAGAAGACGACGUCCGACUACCUGGAAGGCCUGUUCGACGCGGACGCCAUCCAAAAUGGGCAGCCUGAUUCCUCGCUCCCUAGGCGGCGCAACUCCGUGGCUACGUCGCCACAGCCUUCGCCGCCGCCAACUGCUUCAUCGUCACCAUAUCUUAUAUCCAAUACAGGGAACAACGCGAUCAGGGACGAGAACCUUCCCGCGAACAGUGCCUACUACACGACGUCCGAGCCCAAGGCCAAGUUUCUGACCAGGUUCGGAUCGGACAUCGGCAAGCAGGAGUGGACCUCCGACACCGAGCUGGCUGCUAAAAAGGAGGAGCUGAUGGCGAGCAUCUCGCGCAAGCUCGACGUGCUGCGCUCGGCGCGGCUGAGCCUCCGCGAGGAGGCCUCGCAGAACGAGCAGCUCGGCCGCGCCCUGGGCAGCCGCGUCGACCAGCUGGCGCGGCCCGCCGAGCGCGACAAGUACCGUCUCCACGUCGACGAGCUGGACAAAAUCGUCAGCCUCAUCCUGUCCCUCUCCGGCCGCCUGGCACGCGUUCACAACGCGCUGGCCGGACUCGCCGGCGCCGACGAGCCCACCGCACAGGAAAGGAGAGCCCUGGAGGCCAAGCGGGACAAGCUGAGCAGCCAGCACGAGGAGGCGCGCCGCCUCAAGGAGAGCAUCGACCGGCGCAGUCGUCAGGUGGCCCAGUUCCUGCGCAAGUACCUGACGCCUCAAGAGUACGCCGACUACGACCACUUCGUGCGCAUGAAGUCCAAGCUGCUUGUGGACGCGCGCGAGAUUGACGACAAGAUCCGGCUCGGCGAAGAACAGCUGGCCGCGCUCAGGGCGGGAACCGUGGCCACCGCGUCCUGGAAGUCCUUGGCCUCGUCCUAGGGUUCGACGAUAGCCGUGCUCUGACGCGAGGCCGUGGCGCCGUGAAUCAUCGAGACUGGAGGGGUUGCGAGGGGCUAGAGUCUCUGUCGCGUCCUGGUAGGCCAACUGCAGGUUAAAAAGAAAAAUUAGGUAUCUAGCGCACUAUGUCUCUCGUAUUCUACGUGUAGGUCUGGGACACUAUAAAGUAGAUCAACAGCCUUUCCGAGAAUUUUACAAUUCACUCGUUGUCUUGAUGGCAUUGCCCGUCAUCGGACCAUGUGCUUAGUACUUGUAGCACUUUUUAAUAUUUAAAGCACUAUAAGGCAAGAGAAAAUAUCCUUUUCUAUGCUUUGAACUGUAGAGAUCGUUGCGAAAGUCUAACUGCGCAACCUGGACGCCUCUGUUCCCUAAGCCAGGUUAACGAAUACUGUACAUUGUUGCAAAUGCCCGAAAAACCUUGUUUCCUGCUCCUAAAUCUUGUUGUCAUAUGUUUACAAGUACCAGAAACUAAACCUGCUGCGAAGGCGUUUUCGAAUUCUUUCAGUCGCACCCGUCACAGAUGGUAUCUGUGCCAUAAUGACCUAAUGAAAUUUCACUGCACAAAUCGGCAUGUCCCUUGAAUACUUCCUUUAAUUAAGGAAAGUUUUAUUCCAUAGUUAACGGACGCUAAGUGCUGCUCAGCGCCAAACUGCUUCUGCAAUUCACAUGAAACGAACGCAGUAGGUGAAACUGUAGUCGUUGUUAAGAGUUGUCUGCGUGAAGCAGUUUUGAGAGGGCUGUAGACAAGACUGCUUCCUCAGAUACCAGUGCAAUUACGUGCCCUGAACCUCUCCAGUCUCGCCGAUUCGUGGCCGUCUCGUGUACAUAAGUCAUCCCAGCACUCACCGCUACGUCAUCGCUUGUCCAAAGUGAACACCACGGCCCAUCCAUGUCCAUGACGGCAUUCGACAGACCAGCCGUGAGAACUGCGCCGUGGUCUUCGAAAGCUCCAUGUGUGCUUUCCUCAAUCGUCGAGAGGCCGGGAUGUGGUGACUGCGUGACUCGGUUCGUGAGGUGCCUGAGUGCUCCAGUGACUCAUUUUCUGACUGCCCUCCUAGUGCCAUAUCAAGUUUUUCAAGUCCCCACGUCCCUAUCACCCCACAGUCGUUUUCCUGUUCCUCGAGGUGGUUCCCGGAGGUUCCGCAAUAAUAUUGCUUCGGUUAUUGGGUUCUCGUGCAUAUGAGUCCGCUUCUUCUCUUGGUUCUAUUGUUUUGUUAAUUGCGGUACUAUUUCGUUGAUGACAACAGUUCAUGUGUGUCGCCCCGCAUUUCGUCACCUGCUUUUUGUCAAACAUUUCUUUAUUUUUGCUUUCCCAUUUUUACUCAUCGAAUGAGUUACUAUACGGCGAACACGAUUGAGUGUUUGCUAAAGUUGAUUUUAUGAAGGAACUAAAGCGGAACGUGUUCUUAGAAUUUUUUUUUUUUAGCUCUAUUCACUACGGACCUACGUAAGGAACCUGCAGAGUGCGACGUGCUCAUACAUCGCAAAGCUUGAACUAAAAUGCUGUGUUUUCAAAGCCUCUUGGCAUUAUUCGUCACUCGAAGGCGCCCCGGGAGAUCAAGACAGUGCAAGAAAUUAACGCAUUUGCUCGAGCAGGUAUGGUUGCGUACAACAACGGGCUAACGCUAUCGUAUCUACCAGAUGCUUAGCCAUUGUCGCAAAGGAAAAAAAGACAAAUGAAAUCAUUAGCAAGAUACAAUACUAUCACUCGCGGAGUCUCGAGAUGCUUUGCAAUGCUACGGGAACGCAGGGCUCUGCAAGUUCCACCAUUCAGAACACGCGUCUAACAAGUUGUGUUGUGUACGGCAAGGACCGUGUAGCCCGUGAGCGAUGUGAGCGUUCCACUGGCAAUCGUGUCCAACGAUCUGAGUGGUCAGCGAUGUGAGAGCUGUGACGCGUCCUCCAGAAAAGUGAGGCUGCAUGCACAAACCGCGGAGUCGCAGAGACUGACAUUUGGACGUAGCCCUUUCACCUGUUGUAAUAUUUCCCCACGUUAGCCCGCUUUCGUCUUUUCAAACUGCUGUUGACCAAUUAAAAGGCAGCUUCUGCUUUAGGAAUGCAAUAUUGCGACUCGCUGAAUGUUGCACAUGUUGCCGUUUCCGACAGAGAAAAAAAAAAUGUAGUCCACAUUUUUUUUCUAGUUUUUUUUAUUCUUGCAAUUGAUUGCUGUUAUUUUUUUAUUUUUUGUUUAUUAGUGUGUAUAUUUAUGCAGUUGUCAUGGCACCGUUACACCGCAUUUCUUUUUCUUCCUUGGUUUUGGCUGCGUGACCGCCUCUCCCCUAUUUUCUUUUUUUAAGCGCUUUUAAUUUAUUCUCCCUCGCUAAUUUACAAAUGCAUAGGUCACUAUAUACGAAAAGUAGGAGGGGAGCGUCGGUCCUCGUCUAUGGCAAGUACUGCGUUUCUAGUGUGAUAAGAGUGAAACACUCUGGAGGAGUCUUGUAAGCACCCUGUUAGGUCAGUGGCAAUGUUUUCACCGAACAUAGUGGAUUGUGCCACGUGAGGAAAGGAUCUGUGAAUAGUGUUGAUUUCGAAUGGAGUUCCCCGCGCAUUUGUGUGCUUGCGUGUGCGUGCGUGGGUAUAUUCUUUGUGCUUGCGUGCCGCUUCUCUUAAUGCCCUCUCCCCCGUCCACUACCCUCGCCCGUGAUCUUUUCGUGGCCUGGUUCCAGAACCAGGAAUGAUUGUAAGUGUGACAGGUCCAAGGCUGUUGUGGAGAGAGCGUUACGCGCGCGCGUUUACCCCAAGGCUGCCCACUUAUUAACAGUAUUUUUGUAGAGCCCCUUUUUAAAGAUCCUGGAGAGGCGACAGGAGCGUUAAACCUUGCGGGGAACGCGCGGUACUUCCUUGGCGACCGCCUGCGUCGUCGUUGGACGGUUCGAGGUUCCCGUGUCUUUUUGUACAAAGCGACGACACAAGAACCACCGGUAGCUGUUGUUCGCGGCCCGCAUACCUUGGGCAAGGCGUCGCUCGCCUCCCGCCUGACCCGAGCCUCAGCUCCCGCGGGUGGCGACGCGUUGCGGCAGUUGGCACCCGUGCGUACUCUGUUUCUCUCGGCUGUAAUGCCACGCGGUUGCAUGAAGGCGCGCUCGUGCGCGUCCGCAGUCAGCGGAUCGUGUUGUGCCCGCGGCGCGUCCUUCGAUUCUUAACGUGUAUAUAUUGACAGAAAAGCCACGUGACAAAAUGGCAAGUCUGUGAUUUCAAUAAAAAGCCACGUUGCUGUGCA